CCGCAGUGUUUAGACAGUAGCAGUAUAUUUUGCCCAUGAAUGACUCUGAAGGGCUGACUGCAGCCUCCGCUCCUCCUCCACCACCCCCCCUCCCUCCACUCUGUCCUCCUGGAUUCAUUUGAGAGCAAACUUGUGGAGCAGCUGGAUGUGUCACAGGGAUUAAACACUCACCUGAAAUCCUUGGAUCAUCUCAUCUGGAGAAGGGUGGCUGGAAAUAGUUACAUUUUAAAUGGAGAAAAGAACUCUACAGCCAAUGAGUUUCUAAAAGAAAGGAACGAGUUAAAGGAGCCCAGGAGGAAGAGGGUCCAGUAAUUUUGAAGGUAACAGGAAGACAGAGCUGGCUGCUUGGACCUUUUCAGCUCCGGACUUUUCCCAGGGCAGCUAAGCCUGCAGAGAGGAAAAAGCCACUCACAACUCUUCUCCAUGUGCAAAGACUAGUGAAUGUCCCAAAGGGAGCAAAGUGGAGAUAUAUCUAUAUCUAUGAAAGAAAAGACCAAAUGGGAACAAAGGGGCGUUGCAGAAAAAGGAAAGCAGAACUGAAAGGCCUGGUCCCAAGGAAGGGAGACCUGUGAAGGGGACUGCAGCUCACAGAGAGAGGCUCCCACUCUCAGAUCAGUCUAGCAAACGGCACUGGAUGGGAAGCAGCCAGCCAUGGAUACUCUCUGCUUGUUCGCAAGUGACCCGUGGAUCUACAACUGCUCCUUGAGCAAUUCCAGUGUGGAGAACCAGACGUCCCAAAGCAACAGAACUCACGUGAAGCGGAAUGAGAACGUUGCCAAGGUGGAGGUGGCCGUGCUCUGCCUCAUCUUCUUCCUUGCCCUGACUGGAAACCUGUGUGUUCUGGCGGCUAUCCACACGACCCGCCACAAGCACUCCCGCAUGUACUUCUUCAUGAAGCAUCUGAGCAUCGCUGACCUGGUGGUGGCCGUCUUCCAGGUUUUGCCUCAGCUCAUCUGGGACAUCACCUUCAGGUUCAUUGGGCCAGAUUACCUCUGCAAGUUGAUCAAAUACCUGCAGGUGGUGGGGAUGUUUGCUUCCACUUACAUGCUCUUGCUGAUGUCCCUGGAUCGGUGCUUGGCCAUCUGCCAGCCUUUGAGGUCCUUACGUAGGAGGUCUGACCGGUUGUCUGUCCUCCUCACUUGGAUGGUGUGCCUUCUGUUUAGCAUCCCACAACUCCAGAUUUUUUCCAUGCAGGAUGUGGAUAAUGGGGUGUUCGAUUGCUGGGCAAAUUUCAUCCAGCCCUGGGGACCUAAAGCUUACAUCACCUGGAUAACCUUGACUGUGUAUGUUAUCCCUGUGGUCAUGCUCACCAUCUGCUAUGGCUUGAUCAGCUUCAAGAUUUGGCAGAAUGUGAAGCUAAAGACCCUUCAUGAGACCAAUGUGAACUUGACCUCUAGAAAUCCCCAUGGAGGCACCCUCUCCAGGGUCAGCAGUGUCAAACUCAUUUCCAAAGCCAAGAUCCGGACUGUCAAAAUGACCUUCAUCAUAGUCUUAGCUUUCAUUAUGUGCUGGACUCCUUUUUUCAUUGUGCAGAUGUGGAUUGCGUGGGACGAACAUGCUCCAAAAGAAGAAGUGGCAUUCAUCAUCACCACCCUCCUAGCAAGUCUGAACAGCUGCUGUAACCCCUGGAUCUACAUGCUUUUCACAGGCCAUCUUUUCCAUGACCUCUUGCGUCGCUUCCUCUGCUGCUCCUCUCGGUACUUAAAAUCUCGGCAAGGAUGUGACCUGAGCGUUAGCAAGAAAAGCAACUCCUCCACCUUUGUCCUGAGCCUCAAAAGCUCCAGUCAGAGGAGCUUCACUCAGCCGUCCACAGCGUGAGGAGGAGAAACCCAACUCCUCCAAGAACUGUGCCACAACAAGAUGGGCAGACUGGCCUUAGUGUGUACAUACUUAAAAAUAUAUGAUGAAAUAGAGGUAUACAGGAGUGUUUGGAUGUAAAUACAUAUAUACAUAUAUAUAAUAUAUUACAUAAAAUAUAUUAAAAUGUGUGUAUGACAUGCAGGGUACUCAUUAUUUAAGGAGCAGGAUAGCAGAAAGACAGCUAUAGUCUAAGUAGUAGUUCACAGAACGGAUAACUCAAGGUUCUAGUGCUGUAUUUUUAAAAGACACAAUCGACUCCACAAGUCAUUGAAGCCAUAAGGCAACAUCUGCCCACAGGUACAAAGUGGAGGACAGCUCCUAUUUGAAUACUAUUAGAGCAUGGAUCAGAUAGAAGUGGAGGCGUUUUAGGAGACAAACUACACUUGCAAUAGAAUAACUAUCUCCCUGCCCCACAUUAACUUUUCAGGCCAGGGGGUGAGAUCAAAUGUGGAAAUGCCCACCACAAAAUGAACUUUCAGAUAGAGAUGGGUAGAUCAGCCUAAAAAUGCUCCAUGCCAUUUAGUCAUGCCCCCAAAGAGCAGUUUGCCCCAUUGCAUUUCAAUGUU